GCUGCCACCACUUCCAGCGCCCCCGCCUCCAAGGGCCCUCCCGCCGGCGUCCUGCUCGAGACCAACUACGGCAACAUCACCAUCGCCUUGUACAGCGACAAGACCCCCAGAACAUGUGAGAACUUUGCAGGCCUCGCCGACGCCGGCAAGUACAACGGCGUCAUCUUCCACCGCAUCAUCCCCGGCUUCAUGCUGCAGGGCGGCGACCCCACCGGCACCGGCCGCGGUGGAGAGUCCAUCUGGGGCGGCAAGUUCGAGGACGAGUUUGACAGCUCGCUCAAGCACACGGGCGCUGGUGUCUUGUCCAUGGCCAACAGCGGUCCCGGCACAAACGGCAGUCAGUUCUUCAUCUGCCUCGCACCUACUCCUCACCUGAACGGCAAGCACACUGUUUUCGGCCAGGUCGUCGAUGGCAUGGAUGUCGUCCAGAAGAUUGGAAGUGUCAGAACCGGCUCUGGCGACAGACCCAUCGAGGACGUCGUUAUC